AUGGAUAGUAACUUGUCGCAAGCACGUCUCGGUACUCUCGAAAAGGACCUGAACAUGACGGGGACCGAUUACAACUUAGCGACAAGCAUCCUAUUCGUCGGAUAUCUUCUCAUGCAGCUGCCGUCGAAUCUGCUUCUGACAAAGAUCCGACCGUCGCUAUUUCUGGGAAUCGCCAUGGCUAUUUGGGGAGUCAUCUCGGCCUGUCAAGCGGCAACGACUUCUUUCACUGGGAUUGGUGGUGUCUCGCUGGGUCAUCGUAUCGCCUGGUUCUAUGCUGGCAGUUCCCUCGCCAACGCAUUUGGAGGGUUGAUCGGGGCGGGCGUUCUAGGGAACCUAGAUGGAGUGCAUGGGAUCUCCGGAUGGCGAUGGCUGUUUAUCAUAGAAGGCUGCAUCACAAAUUUUCCUUCCCAAUUAUAUCCCGGAACCACAUCAUGGCUGGAUGAAGAGGAACAAGCAUACGCCCAAUGGCGACUGAUUCAUGACGCCGGUGAGGCUGAUGACACGGAGGCCGGAAAUAUAUCAGAAGCGCUUCGAUUAGUGCUUACGGACCCGCGUAUCUAUUUGUUUACCCUGUUGCAGCACACGUCGCUGUUGUCGCAGAAUUUUCAGUACUUCUUCCCGACUAUUGUGCAAACAUUGGGCUAUGGUAAUAUCGAGACCCUGCUCAUCACUGCCCCCGUGUGGAUCGCAACCUUCCUAGUCUCCCUGGUUGUGACAUGGACAUCAGGGAAGACCAAUGACCGCAGUAUCCACAUUAUUUUGUUGAUGUUGGUGAGCGUGGCAGGCGCCAUAAUCUGCACGGCCACCACCAACCUUGGGGCCCGAUUCUUCGCCAUGUUCUUCCCAAUAGCCAACAUGCUAGGUAACACAGCCUCCAUCUAUGGGAGUUACAUGUGGCCGUCAUCCUCGGGGCUGCGGUAUACUCCGGGGGGAAGUGCUACCGCAGGCGUGGCUUUGCUGGUGGCCGUGUUGGCAAUGGUGAUUCGGAUGGUGCAUGCCAAAAUGAACCGACAACUGCAGGAGCAGGAAGAAUCCAAUGAGCACGGAGAAACCUCACAGCAUCCGGUUGGAUGUCGGUACAUCCUCUAGACACUAGACAGCGUGCAGGAAUGGGGCCGCCUGCGGAAUUGGACAGAAAAAAUGAAGACAAAAACAGUGUUGCCUGGUAGGGGGGGAAGUUCGUCGGAUACGACCGGAUCGGCCAUAAGGCUGAGUCCAUGUCAAAAACGAAUACGAGACACUGUAUAUAUAACGGUCCAGGGUCUUUUUGGUCAAUAAUGCCAUUCAAUCUCGAGAUUCAAAACACAUCAUGAAAUUCUCCGUCGUUUCCUGGGCCUGCUCUUUGGCUGGCCUUGCUGCUGGUAUGUACCGACACUCCGGAAGAAUACACAGCUCGACUGACCCGGUACAGCGAGUCCCACGCCAUCGGACGUAAAUCUUGCCAUUGCGCUCUCC